AGUCAUUAUUUGGGGCUCUGAGGGGAACUUGCUAUACCCAUUCCCUGCCUUCAUUCUUCGCCUCGCUUUCUUGCCAGCUAGUACAUUCUUCUGUCAGGAUAGCAGUGGGUGGAAUGUGGACAGUCUUUCUGGAGCUGUCACCUACGGCAGCAGUCAGUGGUUAAAGGUUGUAGAUUGUGUACUUUGACGCCAAGAGAAUUGCAUCAACCCACCUGCUAGCACCAUGGACAUCUUCAACAGGAACAUCAACUUGGAUGCCCUCUUCAAAUUCUCCCACAUCUCCACAUCAACCCAGCAGCACCUGAAGAAAGUCUAUGCAAGCUUUGCGCUAUGCAUGUUUGUAGCAGCAGCUGGUGCCUACAUCAACGUGAUGACUCAGCUGGUGCAGUUUGGGCUGCUGACUGGUCUGGGAGCACUGGGCCUUAUGAUCUGGCUGAUGGCCACACCCCACAGCCAGGAAACAGAAAAGAAACGGCUGGGCAUGCUGGCAGGGUUUGCCUUCCUCACCGGAGUCAACCUGGGGCCUCUGCUGGAUAUGUGCAUCGCCAUCAACCCCACCAUAAUCCCAACUGCUUUCCUGGGCACAGCUGUGAUCUUCAGCUGCUUCUCCCUGAGCGCCCUCUAUGCCAAGCGCCGUGCCUAUCUGUAUCUAGGAGGUAUUCUGUUCUCUGGCCUCUUCCUGAUGCUGUUCUUCUCCCUGAUCAACAUUUUCCUGGGCUCGACUUGGCUUUUCACAGUUAACCUCUACAUUGGACUUAUGGUUAUGUGUGGCUUUGUGCUGUUUGACACUCAGCUCAUCAUUGAGAAAGCUGAGAAUGGAGACAAGGACUACAUCUGGCACUGUGUGGACCUCUUCUUGGAUUUCGUCAACAUCUUCCGAGAGCUCAUGGUCAUCUUGGGCAUGAAUGAGAACAACAAGAAGAAGAAAGAGAAGUGAAGUAACGCUGGAUGCCUGUGUGGAACACCCCAUCUUCUUGCCUGUCCCCUUCGCCUCUUUCUUGCUUCCCUCCAACCUCACUCUCAUUAAAGAUGCCCCCCAUUGUUCUGUGUGAAUGAGAAGCAUCUGUGAAGUUUUCAUACUUUGUGGAAUUUGGUUUUCCCCCCUCUUGGUUUUUGAGCUUUUUUAAAAACCAACUAGCUGAUCCUAAUGCUGGAGUCUGGCUUUGCCCUACUUCUGCACACCCCCGCCGCCUCUUUCCUUCAAGGGCUGCUGUCAUUCUUGCCCAUCCGGUUGGCGAUGAUCCCACAGCUUUGUCUCAUUGGGUAGCUUAUGUCCCUUUCUCUCUCCUCUUUCCCCACCCCACAAUACCAUGAGAGGAGGCUGGCUAAUAAGAGAGAGGGCAGUCCAUGCCUUGUUGCAGCAGGAGAGUUUUUGCUUUCACCAGCACUUAAUUGCCCUGAUUGCGCUUGCCUGAAAACAAACCGAACUGGUCUGUGUGGCUCUCAGAGAAGACUGAUGUUGCUCCAGUUGCUUUCCACAAGGCUGUGCAGGCUGCGAGAGAGACCACGUAGCUGCCGAUCAUGAAGAGCAGUUUGUUAGAAGUCCAUUGUGGCUGGGGGAGAGCCCCGACGAGUACUUAACGAUCCAGCAUGCGAGUGCACUCACACUGCGUGGUUUUUGGCUUAGCUCUGCUUCUGGGUAACAAAAACUAGUUGCUGUGCCAUUGAGAGAGACAUUCUAGUCUGGAAUCCAGCCCCAUAUUUCUUUCUCUGCAGCUGCCUAAAGGGCUGUUUAAGGGCAGGAUGUCAGUCUAGUCAGGCGCUCUCAAACUUCCUUGUGCUCCUAAGUUUGGAAACAAAGUGGUUGGGUCUCUUUUGGAGUUCCAGCCCAGCACUCUCCUUUACUGGAGUUCGGGGGCAGAGUGGUCUAGGUCAGUGGUGCUUGCCAGAGAGCUUGAGAUCUGGUGACUUAAGGUAGGCAGUAGGCUGCUGCUUCUCCUCUGACAUCUGGGAACCUGGUCUGUGGGUGAAGAGCCAGCUAACUGCCAUGCAGUGGGGUGUGUGAACUGAAUCAUGCUGUCCCUUUAUACUGGGACAGGAUAGAACUGGCACACUCAACACUGGUACAACUCCUGGCACAAAGCCCAUUAAGGAAUCUUAAAAGCUUUCCCUGUAUGAAAGUGGAUGAUAUUCCUCUUGCUCUUCUGAUACCUGAAGCCAGACUCCAACUCUGCUUGUUUGGGAUAAAGGACUUAUUUUUCUCUCUCUCAUCCUCUCUCCCCCGCCCCCUUUGGAACCAGUGCCAAGAAUUAAACUUCAAGAAAUCUACUUUAUAGAAACCUUGUCUAACAGGUUUUAAUAUAGUAAAAUGACUAAACUCUGUUGUUCAUUUAAUUUUCAGCUCUAGCUGCAUUCUUUAGACUCAUACUGUGAAGAGACAGGGUUUUUAAACAAAAAGGUGUUUUGAUUCAGAAAUAAGAAAUCUACAUUGUCUUGCUUUGUACAAAAAGAUUAAAAUAAAAAUCCUCAGACUUUAA